CUCCCGGGUCCAGGCCUUCCCUUCCCCCCCCCCCCCCCCCGUCCCCGAGAUCAUUUCUGCGCAGCGCUCUGCGGCGAAAAGAUGAGUCAAGCGGCCCUUCGCCCGCAGCAGGAAGAGGGCAAGAGACGGGGAAGGCCGAGAGGGAGGAGUCGCUGCCAGCGCCAUUGAUUCAAACGCGCCGCAGCUCCGGGUCCUGGAGUCCUCCAGCUGCAGGGCGGUCUUGGCGGAGGGGCUCUUUGGAGGCGCUGCUUGGGGAGUCUCUUCUAAUGCAAUGAUCCAGCAGUCACAGAAUGAAUUUGACAGCAGUGUGGAGAAAGCAGAAGAUUGGAUGAAGACCAUCCAGGAGAGACUGCGGAUCAAUGAUAAUACUAAAGGGCCUCGGUCUGCCUUGGAGGCUAGACUCAGGGACACAGAGAAAAUUUGUGCAUUGGAACCUGAAGGCCGGUUGAAAAUGGACCUGGUCCUAAUGAAGGCUGAUGCUCUGCUUCAGUGUAUCAGUGAGGAGCAAAAGCAUGAAAUAUUAUCCAGGCUAAAGGAUGUUAAAGCCAUGUGGGAAGAAACAGCCAUAUACAUUACUCAUUGUCACAGCCGCAUUGAGUGGGUGUGGUUGCAUUGGAGUGAAUACUUGAAGGCCCAGGAUGAAUUUUACACCUGGCUUCACAACAUGAAGGUGACCUUGGAACCUGACAUAGAGUUGCAGCUUGGCUUAAAGGAGAAGCAGUGGCAGCUUAGCCAUGCUCAGGUCCUACUGAAAGAUGUUCAGAAUCGGUCAUCUUUGCUGGAUCGGCUACUAGAGGAAGCUAUAUCUCUCUAUAACCGGAUUGGAGAUACAAGUGUUGAUGAAGAUGCCCGAGAAAAGAUGAAGGAGGAAUAUGAAGAAAUCAAGAACGAAGCAGAGAGAAGAGUGAUAUUACUAGAAAAGAUAACAACAGAGCACAAGCUAUAUAAGACCAAUGUUGACCAGUUUCGGCUAUGGCUGACUCAGCUAACAGAAAGAUUAAACUGCUGCCUCAAUCAAGAAUCAAAGCUGCCAGCAGAAAAUAGAAUCAAAGCAUUACAGGACAUUACAAAAGAUGUAAGGAGUGGAGAAAAGAAAUUGAAACAUCUGGAAGCACAGUCUAUAGAUGUGAUGCAAAACACCUCUCCCCUGGGGGCAGAAAAGAUGAAGGCUGAGCUUGAGGAGCUGAAAAAACUCCUGGAGAAUAUAAAGCUAGUGAGUGUGGAGGAAGAGGAGAAACUGCUGAAGAGCCUUCAGUCUGAAAACACCUACCACACCCAGGCCAGGGUGCUUGAAACUGAUGUUCAAGAAUUCCGUAAAAGGCUGCAAAGAUUAGGAAACCACUUUGAAAAGGACGAUAUUGUGAGAAGUGAUGAGGAUUUAAUUUCACUAUGGAGAGAAUACCUGGCAACAAAGGCAAGCCUCACAGCAGAAGAACCAAAGGCUGAGAAACUGAAGAUUCAACUAAAGGAGUUGUUCAAAUUUUCACAAGAUUUGCAGCCUCUUUCUGAGAGUGUGAUCCAUGCCAUACGAGAACAUCAGAGUCUGAAAGGAAAAAUGUUUAAAUUGAGCACAGAGAUUGAAACAGAGUUGAGGCAGCGCUUCCAAAAUUCCCUGAGGGAGUUUCAGCUGUGGAAACCAUCAGCUCAGCGACUCCUGGACACCACAGUCCAUGUUUCUGAUCCUGCAUUGACAGAUGCAUUCCUGCGUCAGAUUGAGAUUUUUCUGGUUGAAAGCUCCCAUCUUAAGGAACAACUCCUGAAAGUCCAGAUGAAAAAAGAUUUUCUGGGUAAUAUUUUUAAACAGGAGAGAGCACAGUUACUCUUGGAGGAGGUUAGUGAUGCUACAAAGGAAUUAGAAAACCUGCACAAAGGGCUACUCCAGAGGAAAAGCAGGUUACAGGCUUUGGUAUCACAGCACAAAGACUUUGAUGCAUCCUUCAAGCUUCUGCAAACUCAGCUGUCUGCUCUCAGAGUCAAGCUAAAUGCAGAAAAAGAACUGCUGCCAGAUCUUGUGGGCAAAGAAGCCCGGUUGCAAAGACUAGAGAGCAUUCAAGGACACCUGGAUGAAUGUGCAAUCCAAAUGGAAGAACUAGAGAAAUUUGUUCAGUCAGACCCAGCACAGAUACAUAAAAUAAAACAGUGUUCUUCUGACUAUCAAAUACUUAAGAGAUCAUUGGAGACCAUGAUUGCACAAAGUAAGCAACAUAUUCAGAAACACUGGGCUUUUAAUGACAAAUUAUCAGAUCUCCAACAGUGGCUUACCGUGACCAAACAGAAACUGGAAUAUUACUGUGAUGCUACAACUCAUAAUGCAAUUUUGGACUUGGAGAGAUUACAAACUGAGUUUCCAGGUAGAGAGAUCCAGUUACAUCUCAUUGAAGCCCAUGGGCAUUUGGUUAUAAAAGACACUUCUCCAGAGGGAGCUGUUAAUAUCCAAACUGAAAUGAAGAAGUUGAAGGAUUCAUUCAAGUUUCUUGAAAGCUUAAUGUCAAAGACAGCAGUUGAUGUGAAUAAGAAGAUAACCUGUUUAGAGAAAAUGCGAGUUGAAAAAGUGGAUGUUUCUGAGCACUUAUUGAGGAAAGUGGCUAGGGGGGAAGAUACCAAUGAGCUCCAACUUAUUAAGAACUUUGAACAAUGGUUGCAAAGAGAAAACAACAAGCUAUCUAAAAUUCUUGCCUUGAAUCCAUCAAACAAUGAAGAGGUCAAGGCAAGAUAUAGCAAGCUAAAGGAGCUUCAGUUAAGGGUCCCUGAAGGUCAAUAUCAUUUUGAAGAACUUCUCCAUCUUCAACCAGCUGGCCGGAACUGGGAUGAACUAGAGGAAUUGCGUUACCAAUGGAUGCUCUACAAGUCCAAACUGAAGGACUCCAAUAACACAUUGAUGACAAGCUAUUUCAAAGAACCAAACCCAUUCAGAAAGGGUCGACCAGUAAGUGCAUGUUCCUUCCUACGUCGUGUGUGCUGUGCAGCUUUACCCCUCCAGUUGCUGCUGUUGCUUCUGCUACUCCUUGCCUUUCUGCUCCCGCUAACAGAGGAAACACACAGUUGCAAGCUCACCAACAACUUUGCACACUCCUUCAACUUAAUGCUGAGACACGAUCGCCCACCGCCAAUUUAAGUUCUCCUUGCCUGCAGUGCAGCUAAGUUGACAGAUUGCAUUUUUUUCAGUGGUUCCAUCCCCAUUCCCAGCAAAUCUUUAUCUUGUAUAAAUUCUUCAAGAAUCAUGGCAACUGCUAAGGAGUCCAUUUAAAACUGGAAAGUUGGUUAAAUGACCGCCAUUAUCCAAUGUAUGCUCAGGCUGGAGAAAUGAAGUAUUCACAUUUAGAGCUAAAAUAUGUUUUUAAAAUAUAUGACUAUAUUUAUAUUGUAUAUAUGAUUUAUAUAUAUAUAUAUAUGUAUAUAUAUCAAAAAUGUCCUGACAUAGGUGUUUUCAACAAAUGCUACUCCUUAUUUGAGUAUGUCUUUGUUGAAAAAUAGUCUGUGUUAAGCACAAAAAUAAAAAGAAUAAUAUAAGAAGGUAUGAAAAAUGACUUACCAUCCAAAGGUAGCAGCAGCUAUGUGCCAUUCUCCUUCCUGUGUUUUUACAUACAUCACGCUUAGGAUUGCCAUCUGAUUGAAAAAAGGUAAUUGACUAAUUUUAUUAGCCAGUUAACUUCUUAUUGAAUUUAUAUAAUAUGCACAAUCCAGAUUUUCUACUCAACCUUUCCCAUUGAUCAUCAUUAUGCUAAUAGGAUAUUUAUCUGACAAAAUACUGAUGUAUUUGAAGCCUUGUAUGCAGAGAUGCACAUCGAAACUGGAGACGGCCUUAACUUAUAUUUCCUAGGAAGAGAAUGAGGGAUGUCUCUUAAGAUGCCACUUAGCCUCUGUAGAUUUUACAGAAACAGUAUAUUUUUUAAAAAAAUCUACUGUCCAGUUAAUUGUAAUUGUUUAGUAUUAAAGUGAGGGCCAUAACAUUUUACAUGCAAAGGAUUCCACCUGCCCCCUAUAGCACUGAAGUUUGGGUUAGUUUGAAUCUCUGGAGAUUUGCUACCAAAAACAUUGCACUAAAUGGUCCAGUGGUCUGAAUAAAUACGUUGCUGCUUCCUAUUUUCCCAUAUUCAUUGGUUAAUGUUGUUACCCUGCUGAUCAUGAGUCUUGCAUUGUUGCUGUUGCCAAUAUCCUCAUCUCACAUCUUUUUAUGUGUUCACCUUACCAGCAGAAAGGAGAAGCCAUCAUGGGGUUGCCCUUUGGAUCCUAACUACGAUAUG